AUGGAACACAUGGAAGACCUGCUACGUCGUCGCCGAGGGCUAAGAAGCGCAUUGUCUCGCACAGUCAAUGAAGCCACAGAGAAGCUCACUGGUGUCGAUCUAGCGGAAGAGGACAUAGAAGUGCUCGUUGCUCGAGUAAAGAAGCAGAUGGACAAUUUGGAGCGAGUGGAUGCGGAGUUGGAACCUUUGUGGUCAGAAGAGGAAGUUGAGCAAGAACAAAAAGAAAGCUUCGAAUAUAUUGACCGAGCGACAGCUUUGCUGGCACGGCUACAGUUCAGGCUAGAACGAAUUAGCCCGACAAGGAGUUCGACAAGAAGCUCACAAGGACCUAUUCCAGAAGCGAGACAGGCUGAUGACGUUGGAAGUGCGAACGUUCGAGUCAGGUUGCCCAAGCUGGAGAUUAUAAAGUUCAACGGCCAGCGCAAGAAUUGGAUGAUGUUCUGGGAGCAGUUCCAACAAGUUGUCCACGACAACCAGAAGCUCAGCACGUGCGACAAGUUCAAUUAUUUACGAGCAGCACUGACCGGGGAAGCGGCGUCAGCCAUUGCUGGGCUACCGCCAACGGAACGAUGCUAUAAUGAUGCUGUGGACAUCCUCAAGGGACGUUUCGGCGAUGAGUCGCUUCAGAUAGAGGACCACAUGGGCAGGCUCAUGAGUCUCCAGCCCGUGAAGACAGCCCAGGAUACGAAAGGACUACGGAAGCUUCAUGACGAUAUCUCAUCGCACAUGAGAGCGCUGAAAGCACUGGGCGUAGCCGAGGAGUCUUUUGCGUAG